AUGGACACCUUCUUUGAGCAGUCCCUUCUUCUCAUUUACUCCAGCGUCAUUCUUUUUCUCCUUCACUACAUCCACAAGUCCAUUUCCCGACCAAAGACCCCAACCGAAACAACCAAUAGUGGAACUCCAAAGAGCUACCCUCUAAUCGGGUCCCUACUUGAUUUCAUUAAGAAUCGGAGCCGGUUCAUUGACUGGACUACGGAGAUCCUCUUGGCAACCCCCACCAACACCAUACUCCUCCGCCGCCCUGGUAUGGAUCCGAUGGUCAUCACUGCUAACCCGUCGAAUGUCAAGCACAUCCUCAUGACCAACUUCGACCGCUACCCCAAAGGCGAGCUGUUCACAUCUCACCUCCGGGCUGUUUUUGGCCAGGUGAUGUUUAUCCUCAAUGGUGAACCCUGGAAGGACCAGAGGAGGAUCGCGGUUCAUGAGUUCAGUUCAACCACAUUCUGCAAUUGUGCUGUCAACAUUAUAGCGCAGGAGACACACACGAUGUUGAUCCCAAUCCUAGAAAGAGCCUCAAGGAUGAACCAUGUCCUAGACCUCCAAGAGAUAUUCGAGCGCUUCAUGUUCAACAUCUUAUCUAGGCUGAUGUUCAGCGAAGAUCCCGGUGCACUGAAGGCUUCACCACUUGUUCCCCUUCAUAUGGAAGGUGAAGAAGUCCUAAACAUUGGAUCGGAGCGGAGAUUUAAGGACUCGAUAUCCAUCAUCCAUAAAAAUCUUGAGAGGAUCAUGCAGACAAGACUAAUAGAGACGAGGGGGGUGAGCAAGGACGACAUCAUAUCAAGGUUCAUCGACCAUGGUGAUGCAACAGUGGACUAUCUCCGCGACAUUGGGAUUGGUUUCCUAUUGGCUGGGACAGACACGACUGUCUCUAGUUUAACAUGGUUCUUCUGGAUUCUUUCUUCAAACCCUAGGGUCGAGAAACAGAUUGUGGAAGAGGUGGAGGCAGUCCGAGCCAAGCACAGCAAGAACCCUGGGGAGACGUUCAACUUCAAGGAGAUUCGCGAGAUGCAUUAUCUCCACGCGGCAAUAACAGAGUCCAUGAGGUUAUAUCCGCCGGUGCCCUUCAAUGUGAAGACGUGUAGCUCUGAUGAUGUAUUGCCGGAUGGGACACUCGUCAAGAAAGGGUGGAACGUACUAUACAAUGCCUUUGCAAUGGGAACGAUGGAGAAGAUCUGGGGGAAUGACUGCCUGGAAUACAAACCCGAGAGGUGGCUCGAAGACGGGAUAUUUCAACAACAGAGCCCGUUUCGCUACCCAAUCUUCAACGCCGGACCUAGGAUGUGCGCUGGGAAGGACUUGGCUUAUAUACAGAUUAAGUUGAUUGUGGCGUCAAUGAUAGAGAGGUUCGUAAUAGAGGUGCAAGACGAUCAUAUGCAACCGGAGAAAAUACUUUCCCUCACCCUUCUAAUGAAAGGAGGGUUACCUGUGAAAGUGAGGGAAAGGUGUUCGGAAUUUAAGAACUAAUAAAAGAAUCGCGAGCUAACCUAUGAGCCGCGAUGCAUAAAUGGACUUUACU